AUGAACCGAAGAGUAGAUUUCAUAUGCCAGGGCAAACCGCAGCUUCCUUUUCCUUGUGGCUGGAGCUCGUCGAAAGGAACGGAAGGUGAAGUACCCGGUUGCGGUUUCAGACGGCACUACCUUCAUGCCUUUCGGCAUGUGCAAGACGUCGCCGACAGGCGGUCCGCGCUCCGCGACACCAUCACAGCGACGGGGAGGGCUCCCAGCGGGCACGGAAGCAGCCACUUUGGCGGGGACUCGAUGGACGACACAGUUGGCGUACCCAGCCGCAACUUCCUGAAGACUGAUCCUUCAAAUGGGGUUGCGCACGUGGAAAUAAGCGUCGGUAGGAUCUUUUUUGGCUCCAAGUCCGUUGCCGCUUCCCCCGAUGGUCAAGCAGGCCCCGCUAACACUGAGGGAAGCGAUGGUAGUGAAGCCCAGUUGGCACAACGCCGGGCCCCAGAUCGGCUGGGUCGUCAACAGCGCCCAACACUUCUCCGCCUCUGCACCCUGUAG